GUCCGACAGCCCUCCUUGAGUGUUGGCGUCAUCAUGCGAUCCGCCUUCGCCGCGGAAUCCAAAGGCGCCGACGGUCCCUCUGUCGACGAACUGUCCCCGUUGAUGUCGUCAUCGCAGCAACGAUCGCCGACGCUCGACUACAACUCGGACUCGGGCGUGUAUUAUGGAAGACCCCGACCUGACGCAUCGCUCUUGCUCCGCCCACAGCACCAGAACUACGGCACAACGUCGACCUCGCAGUAUCGCCGCCACGAUUCGUUGACGGAGGACGAACGCGACGACGACUACGACGGGUUUGACCGAGCGUUCGAGACGAACCGGACGAUGCCUCCAUCUUCAGCGUCACGUCUUGCCCUGCGGGACUUUUUCAUUCGUCCCUCCAUGCAGACGGUGCUGAAAGAAACGACGAACCGGUAUACCCGCCGUACGCGCAUGCGCAGUAUGAAGAAGUUUCGCCAAAGCCUGGACGUGCCGCAACUGUUGCGCGUGGCGGCGUACUGCUCGUGCGAGUCGUCGUCGCUGUUCAAGCUGUUGCGGUGGUUGAAACGUAUUCAGACGGGGCAACUCCCCGGCGGCGAACUCAACCCCAACGGAUGGACGCACAAGAUGCACAUGGGCGUGAUCCACUCGUCGUGCGUGUCGGAUGACCGCGAAGACGACACCAUCUCACACGAGAUGCGCGCCGUUAAGCGCAAAGACGUGUUCUACUUUGCGACGGGGUGCACCGUGUUCUGGGGGCUGACGCAGGCGGAAGAACAGGCGCAUGUCCACGCGAUCAGCGCGUUUUCCAACGGCAUCCUCAAGCACGUGGAUGUGGAAGAGAUGGAGUUUUGCUACGGCGACAACAGUAGUAGCAGUGUGGCCAACGACGUCGUGACGCUGAGCUCAUUCCGGUCGUCGGAGAAGAUUGCGAUUUCGUUUGCGAUGGCGCAGUCGUGCAAGCUGGACGUGUUUGAAGAGCGCGUGGACGAAACCAUCCAGGAGACGCGCCACAUUCCGCAGACGUUGGCCGACACGGGCGAGAUCAACAUGUACUCGCAAAAGGACAUUUCCAAACUGAUUGGCCGGCUCUUCAUUGAGCGGAGUGACAUCAACCUGAACUCGGACAUGCUGGACGACCCCGACUUCUUCUGGGACGACGACGAGUACCAACCUCUGUACAAACAUAUGAUGAAGUACCUGGACGUGGACAAGCGUGUGCACAUCCUCAACACGCGGCUCGACGUGUUGCGCGAAUUGUUGGACGUGCUGGGGGAGCAGUUGGCAAGACAGCAUGACACGAACCUCGAGUGGAUUGUCAUCUGGGUGAUCGUCGCGGCUGUGUUUGUCAAGAUCUUCUGGAACAUCCUCGUCAAAGACUUCAUGGGUCUCUUUUGCCACAACUAAUACACAAACUCCCUUUAACAUACCUGCUUUGAACAGUCGGUGGUUGCGAUAGCUACACAAGGAUAGGUGAACACGCACACGCUAUCUCUUCUCGUACACCUGUCUGUUCACGCAUCUCCCAGUCGUUCCUGUUGUCAUUGCCAGAAAGUGCGUCCGUGGGCCUCGAUUCCACCUUCACGUGCAUGAAAGUCAUCACAUGUCCAUUGCCGCACUUCCUUUCUUUCAUGCGCAUGGACGUCGUCUCGUUCGUCUACAUCGACGGACGCGCGGAGCUUGUCUGGACCUUCUUCUAGCUUGUCUGGACCUUCUUGCCG